GUAAAUUAUGUAAUUCAAGCCAGUGGAAGAAACAUUCAUUCUCUGGAGAAAAAGUGAAUACCUAAACAACUUUUAUUUUUGUUGUAGUUAGUGACUUUAAAGGCAUACCGAAUGAGGACGUUGGGGUUGCAUUACUACAUUCCGAGGUUUUACAGAGGCACUGAUUGGGGAUUAAAAGGCAUACACUUACGACAGUAUGUCACAAAACAUCGCCAUACACGAAACACUUUUUAUUAUGAAGUGCUAGGUGUCCAGUCUAGCGCCAGUCAAACCCAAAUCAAGAAAGCUUACAUUGACCUGACCAAAAUACAUCACCCUGAUGUAAGCGAUAGUGAAGAAUCUAGAAAGCAGUUUCAGUUGGUAUCUGAUGCAUACACCAUUUUAGGAAAUGUCCAUUCACGGAGAAUGUAUGACCGGGGUUUGAUAUCAGGAACUCAUCAUUCCUAUGGUCAAAAGCAAUCCCAGGCAGAAGAAGAAGAGGAAUUCGACCCAUUUAAAGUACCCCCUAAACCUGUUAAAACUGAUUUAGACAAAGUAACAAUGAAAGGUUACAAAGAAAUAACAGAUCAGAGGAUGACGGAAGCACGUUUAAAAGCUUUCUACAAGGAAAAAUUUGAAAAACAGCAAAAGAACAUUUAUCAACAGUCAAAUAAGAGUGCUGAACAUUACCGAGAGACCACUGGUGUGUUUCUAUUAUUGGCUGUGUCAGCAGGCUUACUAUACAAUUUUCAAAAAUACAUGCAAUCUUCUGGUCAACAAGGAAAUAAAAAGAAGACAAUAGACUGAUAUACAUGCAUAGUAAAUUAUCUUCAGCAUUGUGUGUUUCAGCUCUGGAAUUUUAU